GUAUGGGGGAUUCGGGUUGUUGGGUGGGUCAUUUUCCAAUAUCACGAUCACGCGGGUUCGUUAACCGCGUGGGGGUCUUGAUAAUUCGUAUAAAAAGACGGCACCAUCAAUUGCAUUUACCUUUCCUCAUCUCCAGCAGCAUGUCCUCAAAUGACACCCCCAUUCCCAAAACCCAGCGAGCAGCCGUCAUCAAAAAGUGCAAACAACCCAUUGAAGUUGAGAAUGACUUCCCAGUCACCCAACCGUCCGAUUUGAAGCCUGGAGAAUGUCUCGUAAAGCUGGAGUACACUGGAUGUUGUCACUCGGACGUUCAUAUCAGGGAUGACGAUUGGGGUUCCGGCAAAUUCCUUUCGUUGCCACUUGUGGGUGGCCACGAAGGGAUUGGGAGGGUCGUUGCGAUCGGGGAAGGUACAUCGUCAGGAACGAAUCCGGUCAAAGUGGGAGAUAGAGUUGGGUUGAAGUGGUUCGCUACUGUAUGUUUGAGAUGCGAAAUGUGCCGCACGGGAUGGGAAGCAGGCUGUUCUUUCAACCAAUCGCGCCGGCAUGGGUUUAAUAUGCAUGGCACGUUUCAGGAAUAUGCCGUAUCAUACACGGACUAUGUCACCCCGAUACCCGAAGGCCUAGAUAGCGCCGAAGCAACGCCCCUUCUAUGUGCUGGCCUAACCGUAUACCGAGCACUCAAACAAACUAACGCCAGGGCAGGUCAAUGGGUCGCCAUCUCGGGAGCCGGAGGCGGCCUGGGCCAUUUGGCCGUUCAACUCGCCGUUAACCAAGGGUUAAGAGUUAUUGCCAUCGACACGGGAGCAGAGAAGAAAGAGCUCUGCACAAAACUCGGGGCAGAAUAUUGGAUCGACUUCAAGGAGACAAAAGACCUCGUCAAAGAUGUUGUACAGGCUGCAGAGGGCGCAGGACCUCACGCUGCUAUUGUUGCGGCCGGGCAUCCUCAACCAUUCAACGAUGCAUUGCAAUAUCUUCGUAAAGCUGGUACUCUCGCCGUCGUCGGUAUACCUGGUGGAGGAGAAGUGCUCAAGGUUCCAUUCCCACUGUUAGUCGGAAAGUUAUUGCAUAUCUUUGGGACGUUGACUGGAACGCAACAAGAUAUGGAAGAAACCUUGAAAUUAGCAGAGGCUGGUAAAAUCCGGUGCAAAGUGGACGUUCGGAGGUUCGAGGAUAUCAACCAGGUGAUGGACGAUUUGGUUGCAGGCAAUGUCAAGGGAAGGAUUGUCCUGAAGCUUUGAAUUUUUUUGUCGAGAAGAAGUGGGAGGGCAUAUGCAUGGUGUUUUGCGGACAUACGAGUGUACAGGUGAAAAAGGGUAGAAGAAAAGUUGUGGAAACAAAGCAUGCAAGACUGGAACAGAACAAUCUAGAUAUCGGAUAGCAACUCUGCACAACAACUCAAGCACGGAAUGGCAUGCAAACCUUGAAUGAAUAUCGGACCUAAAAUGUAUUCAGACGAACAGAUGAUCCCCCUAAGGAAUCACAUUCAGCCAGAGGGGAAAAAUCGUAUUUGAGGGGGAUGCACCUCUUCCGACAUUGAGAUAUUGGA